GGCCUGUCCGCCGGCGGUGGUAGAAGACGCCUCAUCCGGGGCAGUGCUCAUCCCACAAGGCCUUGCGGCGGGGCCUGGCCGGCCUCUUUUCCGCCAUCUUGGCCCCCGUGCAGGCCUGCUGGGAACAGGACUUCUAAAAGGCAUAAAUAUGUCUGGGAGGCUUUGGUGCAAGGCCAUUUUUGCUGGCUAUAAGCGGGGUCUCCGGAACCAAAGAGAGCACACGGCGCUUCUUAAAAUUGAAGGUGUUUAUGCCCGACAUGAAACUGAAUUCUACCUGGGCAAGAGAUGUGCUUAUGUGUACAAAGCAAAAAACAAUACAGUGACUCCUGGUGGCAAACCUAAUAAAACAAGAGUCAUCUGGGGAAAGGUAACUCGAGCCCAUGGAAACAGUGGCAUGGUACGAGCCAAAUUCCGAAGCAACCUUCCUGCCAAGGCCAUUGGACACAGAAUACGUGUGAUGCUGUACCCUUCAAGGAUUUAAGAAAAGUCAAUAAAUAAAAGUGUAUUUGUGCUCUUGUGUUUCUAAGUGCCUUUAAAAACUUUAUGUCAUUCGGCUGGAGAGAUGGCACAGCAGUAAGGCCCUUGCCUGCCAAGCCUGAAGGAAUGGGAUCAGUUUCCCAGUACCCAAGUAAAGCAGGUUACACAAAGUA